AUGGCAACGGAAACCCUUCCUCCAUCAGUCCUGGGUGCGGCUGCGCCCAAAGCGGUCUCCUUUUCAAGCUCGGAUGUGCGGAUCCAGGCUGUGACCGUGUUCUGCAAGGGCAAGGCUGAAGUCACGCGUGUCAUCAACUUCUCGUCGCCGUCCAGCCUCGGUCGCCAUGAGGUGGAACUCGCAGAACUGCCCCGCGGCUUCAUCGACCAAACGAGCAUCAGAGUCAAGGGCUCCGGGCAUUGUACGAUUCUCCACGUCAGCUACUCCGAGGACCUGGAGCCGCCUACACUGCCGACCCAGGAGGAAGAAGACGCGGCCAAGGCUAGGAGAGAGAAGUACAAGCAAGAUAUCCAGAGGCUGACAGACGAGCUCACCGUCCUGAACCAGCAGUCGUCUCGAAACUCACGCAUGCGAGAGGUGGAGGACGUGGGCAAUGCUCUGGACUGGUGGACGGCCAAAGCUGAGCAGACCGACGCCGAACAACACCGACUCGAGCUAGAGGGCCGACGCCUGCAGAAAGCCAUCGACGACCUCCAGUCACCUUCAUGCGUUGCGAAUGUUGCGGCAAGCGCUGCGAAUGUUGCGGCAAUGGCGACGAAGAACCCGGGUAGGAUACUCAUCACCGUGGACGUGCAAGAGCUUGGCAACAUCGAACUGCAGGUUAAAUACAUGACCAGUGGGGCGAGUUGGUCUCCUUCGUAUGACCUCCGAGUGGAUACCCAGACCGACUCCGUGUCGUGCACGUACUACGGUAUGGUCACACAGAGCACCUCCGAGGACUGGCAAGGUGUUUCUCUUCGGCUGUCGACAGCAGAGCCCACAGUUCACGGAACGCCACCUGUCCUGGGAAGCAAGACAGUCUCCAUCAAAACCGUCCCGAAGCCGGUACACGGCUACAACAACCCUCAGAGUUCCAUGGGUGUGAUGUUGGGCAUGUCUCUCGGGGCCCGGCAGCAGCCGCAGUAUGCUCGUGGCCGUAUGGCCGCCUCCGUCCCACCGCCGCCACCCAGGGCGAGGCCUGCCGUGACUCAGGUGGAGGGCGGGGGAGGGUUCUUGGGGGCCGUGUCUUUCGUCGUCGAAACGCCGGCAGAUAUCAAGAGCAACGGUCAAAUGAAGAAGCUCACCGUGGGAGUAUUGCAGCUGUCCGUGGAGGUCACGCACUAUAUCGUACCCGCUAAAGCACCCGCCGCUUACCUGCAAGCUAAGGCGACGAACAACACAGACUACCUGCUCCUGGCGAGCAAUGACGUGUCCAUCUUCUUCGACAACAGCUUCGUCACCAAGACCAGCCUCGCCUCCGUCUCUCCCGGAGAGUCCUUCCAGACCUUCUUAGGCAUCGACCCCGCCGUCAAGAUCAUAGUGGCACCUCCACGCAAGACCAGCAAGAAGCGCGGCAUCAUCUCCAAGUCCAACCACGUCACACACACCCACAGCACGUUGAUCUCCAACAACAAGAAGGUGCCGGUGACGUUUGUCGUCGUCGACGCUAUGCCACGCUCCACCGACGAUGUCAUCAAGGUGACUCUGAAGGAACCGCUAUCGGCUAGCGUGUCCGAGUGUGAAGCAAUCACCGACGACGCCCUCGUGUCCAUCGCAUUGGAGAUGUUUGGAAGUGGCGAGGGGAACAUCAACAACAGCACUCAACACCCGCCGGCGACUCCCGCCGGAAGCCUCGUAACGGGUGUAAUCAAGAAUCCAUCGAAUCACCUGGCUUGGGUGGGAAAGAUCGCUCCUCGGGGAGGCGUUUCAGUCCCCCUCGAGUACACCCUGGAGUGGCCUUUCGAGAAGGAGAUCGACAUGUCGUUCAAUUAUUAGCUGACACGCUGACACGGGUUGGACGAGCAACGUCAAUGGGAAACGACGAUCGGAAUCGCUUUCCGAUCAAGGCCCUAUCGGCAGAGAAAAUGGUAGUGACACCAACUUCGUAUUGCCCCUUGUCUCGGUGCUGAAAUUGGUCUUGGAAGAACUUCUGUAUUGACUGUGUCGAAGGGAAAAAUUACUGUAGCUGGGUGUGACCGCCGGGCCGGCUGGCAUUCAUCCUUUUCAAGGCGAGUAACGGCUUGUACAUGCCGCCGUACGGCGUUUGCUUUCCCCGCUUGGCUGCUUCAUUGUUCUUGCAGUAGAACCGGGUACGCAGCAGGUGGUGGUAGACGUUGCGGCCGUUGUGGCUGUUCACCAUGCUGCUUCGCCGAACUAUAGUGAUGCGAUAUCAUUCCGCCCAUGCGCGAUGAAGCCUGAUAUACGUGUGUCCUUCCAUCGCUUGGAGAUAUGUUGCCAUGUCGAGGCGGAGGAGCUUUGUCCAACAAGUGAGAUCCGUUCUUACCUUCCCCUAAAACGCGUGAACGCCAACGCACCUAAAUGAGCAAGACAUGUAGGUGCAUCGGUACCGGUCCCACUUUCACAAUCAUCGCCAACGGUCGGUUAUAUGUCGGUUGCCGGAAAGUGUGUGAUGAGGGAUGAAAAUAGAUGAUGGUCGUGUGCUGCGCAGUCGCGCGGAGCUUGGUCUUCUCCAAAGGUUUCUGAGUUACCUCAUUCAGGACAAUGUGUGUCUUCGUGCAAUUUUUUGCCCUCGCGUGGAGAAAACAAAAGAGCUAUUGUUGUCUGUCGCAGGCUGUGGCUAAGUUGGUAACCAACCUCGUGCAAGCAAGACUUUUUUCUCUACAACAGGAUCAAUCUCGAAACCAGAAUGAAAGCACUUCGCCUUGUUUAGGUGGAAGCAAAUACAAGAAUUGGUCGU